AAACUUUUUGAUGUCAACCUAAUAUGGAACUGAAAAUGUCUAAGAAGGUUCUUCCCGAUAGUUAUCCCACAACUGUUAAAAAGCUUUUAUCUACUGGGAUUUUAGAAAGAGGUCGGGUCAAGUAUGUUACUACUUCAUAGGAGAGAGAGCUUCCUGGAAUUGUAAAAGGCUGUGGAUAUUUGUGUGGCUGCUCAUUAUGCUUUUUUUUUCCAAGAUACUCAGUGCCUAUGAGUUUGAGUUGCAUGCUGGUGGCAAAACUAGACACCCGAGUAACCACAUAUACUUGGAGAAUGGGAAGCCAAUAUAUAGUGUAAUCCAAGAACUCAAGACUGCACCACAUAGUGUCAAUGAAGAGUCUUUCCAGGCUUGGAAAGAAAGUCUCCAAGAAAACAGUCAUAUGGUUAAAACUGAGAAGAGACGUCACAUCAGUGUUCCUGGGAUGCACUUUUCUGUUGUUUAUCUAACACUAUUUAUUUAUUGGCAAAUUUUUACAACUUGUGAUGAUCUGCUAUUGAAGAAGCAAUUUUGUUACAUUCUUGGUCAACAUCGUAUAACUUUUGUUCUCGAUGAAGAGAUGUCUGGAGAUGAUGAAUGCAGGGAGACAUUGCAAGGAAUUAACAACAAUGGCAAGUUAAGUGAAGGUUAUCUUAUGCUUGCUUGUGAUAUAGAGGUCAUGGAGCCCAAAUCUUCGGAGGAUAUUUAUAAGGACAAGUUAAUGACAGUUCCAUCUGAAGCUUCAAGUGGUGGUUCUUCAGGAAAUUGGGUCUUUAAGAAUAAAGCACAUGGAAAAGCCAGUGCUGCAGCAAGUUUGAUCCGUAGUAAAUUCUCUCGUGUCCUUGAAGAUAAGAAAAUGCCUUUGGAUGUGAUUGUAUUUACUGCAAUUUCAUUGGGUUUGGUGUAUGUUGGUUCCUGUGAUGAAGAUAUUUCUCAGACAAUUAUAUCUGCAUUAAAACACCAAAAUUUGUCUAAAUUGGGGCAGCCCCUCACUUGUCUUUUGCCUCUUGGACUCGACCUUCUAUAUCUUGGGAAGCAGAAAAGUGUAGAGGGAACUGCAGAGAUUUCAAAGACAUUAAAUACGAAAAUUAGGACGCAUUGUGACAUGAUCCUAUUUUCCUGUGCUUAUGCUGGGAUUGGGGAUGUGCUCAAGGUCCAAUACCUUCUGGGUCAGUGUGCCCAACAUCUUAAGAGGGGAGAAACCCACCAGGGACCGACUGUACUUAGAAUUGCUAUGGUAGCAAUGGCUGAAGAAUUGGGUCUUGAAAUGGUUAUUCGCUGUUAGAGCAUCUUUUACAGUAUAGAGAGCAGAAUAUCCGAAAGGCGGUUCCUUUGGCUCUUGGUCUCCUCUAUAUAUCAAACCCUAAGUCGAGCAAGAUUAUAUACUUACUUUCCAUGGGUAAUAUUGCCAAAUAAUUUAUGAUUGGAUGUUCUAACCCAGGUAAACGUUAAAGACACAUUAAGCAGACUUAGUCACGAUACAGAUAUAGAAGUAGCAAUGGCCAAGCUUCUACCAUUCUAGUUCAGUUAUGAAACAGACAAAAAACUGCAGAAGGUCGUACCAAGAAAAGGGAUAAUGACCUACAUCGAUUACUUUUCAUGCCUAAUGGACUUUUAGAUGGUGCUGAAUUGGCUCACUAUUCCAAAUGACAGAGAAUACUUGGGGGCUACAAACAAGAAAAUGGAAUAGUUUGUAGUUGUUGUCACACUGAGCUGCCGGAACAUCUAUACUUCUAGCGGACUGACGCUUCAUGAUAUAGCUCUGUCAUUGGCUAAUGGACAAAAUCUGGCUACUGGAAGCAGUGAUGAUAUGUGUGCAACAUGUGGAGCUGGAGGGGAUCUGAUUAUUUGUGAUGGAUGCCCUCUGGCUUUUCAUACAGAUGCAACCCCUUUUGAGUACGUGAUGAUAUCUCCGCAUAUCGAUAUUAGAGUUUACUAUUGAUAUUAAUAAAUAUGUUUUUUUAUUUGUAAUGUCGAUACUUUUGUUUUGUUUUCGAUACAAAAAUUUAAGUUCUUUAAUAUAAAAAAUUAUUAGUAUUGUUGGAGGAUGUUUUAUAUAUUUUUGUAAAGAAUAUUUGGUUGACAAUUGUUACAAGGUACAUAUAUUAUUCUUGGUAUA